AUGAGCGACGACGCGCGGAGAACGGGCCGCGUGGACUUCACGGGGACUCUAACGAUCGUGGCGAUUAAGCUGACGUCACUCGCCAUGGACUACCAGGACGGCCUUAAAGCCCUAAAGGACGACGCGAAGCGCGCGGAAAGACGGCGAGAAACCCGAGAGCGAGCAGCCGUGUGGUCCCCGUCGGUGCGCUCCCCCUCGCCCAUCCCGCCCUUCCUCCGCGUGCUCGUCCAAGGCUCAUUGGCAGCAGCCGUCUUCCUCCUCAUCUUCCCGCACCUCGACCUCUCCCUCGCCACCGACCCGGCGCGCUUCUUCGUGCUGCCCUUCCUGCGGCGCCUGCUGCUGGUGUUCCACGCCACGCUCGUCACGCGCUGGCGCUGCUACAUCGUCUGGUCCAUUGCGGAAGCUGCCAUGGUUGCUGGCGGCCUGGGCUUCUCUGGUUGGGUGGCGGCGUCAGGUGCCGAGCGACAGGUGGCAUCGUGGGAUAGGGCGCGCAACGUGAAUAUCCUCGGCAUGGAGCUCGCGAGCACGGGCGCUGACGUGGCAAAGAACUGGAACAUCUCCUUCAGCACGUGGCUGCGCAUCUACGUGUAUGAGCGGCUGGAGGCAAUGCCAAGGAAGAGUGCACUAUUCAACCUGCUCUUCACCUUCUUCAUCAGCGCCAUUUCGCAUGGUUUGAACCCAGGGGAUCUGAUAGGCUUCGCCCACUGGGCGCUGAUGAUAGCGGGGUCGCGAGUCAUCUACCGCUGGUCGCGGCCUCUAGCCCAGGGCUCGCUGCCUCGCCGCGCUGCCUCGCUGCUGCACUUCCUCUACGUGCUGCUCUGCAUCAACUACGCUGGCUUUGGCUUCAGUACUGCACGUGCUGCAGUGGAGCACCGCAUGUGUGUUUGCCUGCAUGUGCCGAGCUAUCCCUUCUCACAACACCCCGCCCCUCCACACCCCCCUUCCCCUCCUUGGUUUCUCUUUCCGCCACUCGCAUUUCUGUGCACGUCUUUCAUUAUUUACAAUCUCCUUUCCCUCUCGUGGUGCUCCUUCGUGCAGGUGAUGACGUUCCAGCACACGGUGCAGGCAUACAGGGGGCUCUAUUACUACGGCACAUUAGUGCCUGUGAUGCUCAUCGUGGCAGGCAACUUCAUCCGAACACCAAGGCCCAGGGGGGCCAAGAAAAGCCUCAAGACAGAGUAG